AUGCGGAUCUUGUCUGAUGGUCGGAUGGACGUGAACGGUAGAUAUGGGAAACACAAGCUGACGCCAUUGAUGGUGACAGCAUUCUAUGGACACAGAGAAGUGUAUACCUUACUUGUAAAUAAAGGGGCUGAUGUUUCUGUACUGGACAACAUCGGCUGCAACAUCCUUCAUGCGGCAUCUGAGGGAGGACAUGUGAAUAUGGCUGUUCGACAGGUGCGUCGAGAUUUAGAUAUCGCUCAGGUUCCAACAGUCCCUAAACCACUUCCUGCAGCUAAACGACUGUCUCAGUUUGUUACAAUUUCUGAUGUUGUGUCUUCUCCAGUCAUGGUGACUGCCAGUACUCAGACUGAAACUCUGGAAGUUGAAUCAGAGGGAAACAAGCAGCAGUACCUGACCCAGCCUCACACUAACAUUCUCAGUUCCACCAUGGAUGGUAACCUGUGUGGAGUCCAACUCAUCCUGCUCGAGGCCCAGGCAGUCAUCAACACCAGAGGUCUGAACAGGAGGACCCCAGUGAUGCUUGCAGCAGGGAGAGCAGACAAAGACAUGUUUGACUUACUUGUGAGGGAAGGAGCGGAUCUAUCUCUCCUGGAUAAGGACAGAAAAACGAUUCUACACAUUGCCUGUGAAGGAGGAAACAUAGGUAUAGUGAACUAUAUCCUCACAAAGGAUAUUGUUGACAUCGACAGCAGAGACAAGUUGUUGCAGUCAACAGCUAUGAAAGCAGCCCUCACUGGCAACAAAGACGUGUUUGAGUUACUUGUGAGGAAAGGAACUGAUCUGUCAUUUGUGGAUUCAGAACUAAACACAAUAUUACAUCUGGCUUGUUCAGGGGGGAGUAUUGAGAUAGUUAAUCAUGUCUUUACAGAAAAACACGUGGACGUAAACAGUAGAAACGCGGACGACUGCACACCGAUACUGAAUGCGGCAACCAAGGGACACAAAGAUGUCUUUGACCUACUGGUGAACAAAGGAGCUAAUAUGGCCCUUCUGGAUGUUGCAGAUAGAAAUGUUCUUCACGCAGCCUGUGAAGGAGGUAAUGUUGAAAUAGUUCAGUAUAUUCUUAGGCAGAAUGUUACACCCAUUAACGCCAAGGCCACUAUUGGGGUUACGGCAGUGUUAGUAGCUGCACAUAAUGGACAUGGGGAAGUGUUUGACCUGCUUGUUGCGAAAGGAGCAGACCUGAUUAUACAGACUGAAGAUGGUGACAACAUCCUACAUGAGGCUUGUAGAGGAGGAAGCAUGAAGCUGGUGACGUAUGUCCUCAAUCAGAACAUUGUGGACAUCAACAGUAGAGGAAACAUUGGAAUGACACCAGCAAUGACAGCAGCAUCCAUGGGACACAAAGAUAUAUUCGUCUUACUGCAGGAGAAAAGAGCUGAUCUAUCGCUAUUCGAUAGAGCUAAAAACAAUAUUCUCCACAUGGCCUGUAAAGGCGGUAAUGUUGAGCUAGUUAGUUAUGUUCUAACAAAGAACAUUGUGGACAUCAAUAGUAGGAACAUGGUUGGGGUCACGCCAGCAUUGGUAGCAGCCGACAGUGGCCACAAAGAGGUGUUACAUCUGCUCAUGAAUACAGGAGCUGAUCUGAACGCCGUUGAUGAUUCAAGAGCAGACAUUCUUUAUUUUGCAUUUUCGUCCAGAGACAGGGAGACUAUCAAAUUUAUCCUUACACAUAGCACUGUCAACAUCAACGAUGUAUACGACCAACUUCUUACACCAGCAUUACUGUCAGCAUUGUUCGGGGACAGAGAUGUAUUUGAUUUAGUUGUGAGUAAAGGAGCUGAUCUGUCAAGUGUAGAUUUUGGCGGUAACGACAUUAUUCAGAAGGCGUGUGCUGGAGGAAAUCUGGACAUUGUGAAGUACGUCCUAACGGUAAACACCAUUGUACGACGCAUUAACAGGACAGGAGAGUUUGGCACACCUGUGAUGUUUGCGGCAAGUUUGGGUUACAAAGAUGUGUUUGAUUUACUGGUGAAGAAAGGUGCUGAUUUGACACAAAGACGUAAAGAUCGCGACACUAUCCUUCAUUUGGCAUGUAGAGUCAACAUUCAGAUAGUGAGGUACCUGGUUUCCCGCAACAUUGUGGAUAUCAACGUUAGAGGAAACAAAGGAAGGACCCCAGCUUUUGUUGCUGCAGGAUUUGGGAAUAUACGUAUAUUUGAGGAACUUGUGAAGAAAGGAGCUGAUCCGACAGUGACGGAUAUAUAUGGGAACACCAUCCUUCAUCAUGCAACUUCGGAAAACAGGGUGGAAAUGGUGAAAUACAUCAUUUCACAUGCGAGUGUAGAAAUUGCCUUAAAAACCAAACAGGGGUUAACUGCUGCUCUGAUAGCAAAGCAACACGGGUUCACUGCAGUGUAUAAUGUGUUCCAGUCACAUGCCUCUCUUUAA